GGAUUUCCGUUGUUGUGGGAAACGUUUACAAAUGGCGGACAUUGGAAUGGAAUUCGAGAAAGUGAUGACAGGAUCCAUUUAUUCUACAGGGUUUGAAAAGAUAAGUAAGCAAUGGUGAUAUGAAAUCCAAUAAUUCAUUUAGAAGAUUGUUUAACGAAUUGAGAAUAGCAGUUUAGAGACAUCAUGGUCAGCAUUCCAGAUUGGUCGAAGUUUGGAAAACUCCACGAAAAUGUUAAAGAGCCAACCAACUUGCUACUAAAUAAAUAUUACAAACAGAGGGAAGAACAGGCCAUCAAACAGGCUGAGGAGCGGGGUUACUUCAGAGUCCCAACUCAGGAGUACUUGAUAGAGGAAUGUAUUAAAAGGAGUAAUUAUAGAUAUAAGGAUCUGCAUCAUUUAAGGCUCAUCAAGUUGUGUGGUGUUCAUCUGAGAAAAGUAGGAGAAAUAUCAAGCUGCAUUAACCUCAGAAUAUGUAUUUUGAAUAACAACUUCUUGACAAGGAUUGAUGGCCUGAUGUCAUGUCAUCAUUUAGUGAAAUUAGAUCUUCACAGCAAUCAGUUGUCAGAAAUCCCUGGGAUUCCAUUCUGGUCAGGUAUGAGAAAGCUUGAAAUUUUAUUUCUUCAUGACAACCCACUGGGACGAUAUGAAACGUUACAGAGUCUUGCCACUUGCCCAAAGCUUUUAGCCCUCACCCUCUACGACACACCCCUAAGCUUAAAGAAAAACUACAGACACCAUGUUGCCAAUAGUAUUUGGUCACUGAAGGCCUUGGAUCACUAUGUGAUUUCUGAUGAAGAGAUCAUAGAAGAUGCUAUGUUUGGUGGGCAGUUUGGAACAUUGAACCCAGCAUUCAGGAUCAAUUUGUGUCCUCCCACUCCAGAGAACACCACAUAUGAAGAAGAGAAACAUGUCUGUAUGUUGGUAAUUGCCACCAUUAAUGACAUUCAGGCACAUCAUUCCCCAGUCCUCAUCAUCCAGAGAUUUAUCAGAGGCUUCCUCACUCGAAAAAGGCUGGGUCAUUUGACCAAAAGGCCCAAAACAACAUCAUCAGGUUUACAGCUACCCAACAUAAACCAGGAGUCCCACAUUCCCCCACCCCCAAGUUCUUCCCCAGACCUCAACCACGCUAUCCUUCAGGAUUCAAAUUUUAAUAACCUGGAUUUAGACCUUAUAUCAAGGACCAGACCGGAAUCAACUGCUCCUAGUGAGAGUUUGACAACAGCUUCAUAUGCCAGAGAGGUUGGACUAGAACCUCCCAUGACCCCGACUGAUUCACUAACUCCUGUUCCACAAGAUGUGGAGGUACCCAGAAAAAGGAAGAAUCUUCUGAUAAAUCUUGCCAAGCUUCAAAGUGGGACAUUUUCUACUUUGUAUGAUGAAGCAAUUGCAAUAGAAACAAUUUUACCAGAUUCGACAUUGGAUAAGAUAGGAUCAGCAAGACUAGACACAAGACGUAGCAGAAGGAAAAAGAAGAAGGAACCUCAGAGAAAAAUUUUGAAGAGUGUGAAACAAUUUUUUGGUCCUGUUGUGGAAUCGGAUAAGAAUGAUGUACCAUCUGAAGUUUCAGGAGAGGAGAUACCAAUUACAGAGUACCGUCUGAGAGGAAUGAAGCCAGAAUUGUCUUUUGUUGAUGCUACAACUGAAAUGAUACUGGAAAAACAGGAAGCAGGAAGGCUAGUCCGAGAUGCAGAAGACGUAAUCCACAUUCGAGCCAGAGAUGCUCCAAAACCAAAGAUUACACCUCGUAAAACAGUCACAACAGAUCAGAGAAUAUUUUCAAGAGUGCAUGGAACUAUGGGUAUAUCCAGUUUACUGGCAGUUCAUCAAGCAUAUCAAGAUAGAGAGAAGGCAGAAAGGGCUGCUGCCAAGAUGGAACACAUCUUAAACUUAAGGGAUGAAAGGGAUCGAGCAAAAGAGAGGAUUCGAUUGUUUCAAGAUGAGAAGAGAAACCAGGCUCUGAAGAAGAGGGACCAAGAGAAAGCUAGAAUGUUGGAUGCUUUAGAACAGAGGGAAAUGAAGAGGUUAAGUUAUCUGGAUCGCAAACAAGAUUUCAAAACCAGGUCCUCUGAUAUGACUCGCUCUGUAAAAGCUGAUUUUACUUUCAUAACAGAGUUCAGUAAUCAGCAUACCUCUGUUGCCAAUGCUUUAAUGCGUCAUGACAAACAAGCUAAACAAGAAGACAUGUACAAUGAAAAAUCAGAUACAGUACAAGGUCAUAGGUCAUCUAAGAUGGAGCAGCAGGAUGUAGUGAAGAAAUAUUUAGAACACAGACAGUUGAUGCGUCAGACAGAAUCUGCUAUGACAAAGAAUGCUCUAGAUGCGCGAAUGCUUCAGGAAGCCAAUGACAGACUAAUGGAGGCCAAACAGCGAGUAGCCCAGCAGAAAGCUAGAAGAGAAAAUGUGCAAGCUUUUUACCCUCUACCACAAACUCUUAAUCCUGCACCAAUUUCCUCAGAUCCUCCUGCACCUACUUCUCAGUCCCUUCCGGCCACCCCUAACGCUGGAGCCUCACGUUUUGAGGCAAAUGUGAUGAUGUCGCAGGGACGCCUUGGAAAACACCCAACUCUUGUCAUAUAGCAGGAUUAACUGACCGUGAUUUACUUCUAGAUUAUUCAUUCUGCAAUGAUACCCAAUGAAUCAUGUAUGAUGAUUAUAUUGUAUGGUGAAUUCAUUAUUAUUCAUGGUGGUUCAAUUUUUAGGGGUUCAAAGUACUGAACCAUCGAAGUACCAUCAAAUUGACAAUUACUUAUAAACAGUAAAAGAUGAAAAACUAGAGAAAAAUCUAAUAUCAACGGACUUUGAACCCCAGAAAAAUAAUGAUUCCAUGGUUGUCAUGGUUGUCAUGGUUUGCAAGAGAACUUACAGGACUUGACAUGUCAGUAAUGUUUCUUACUAGUUCUUUUUACACCCCCAAUUCAUGUGCAUAAAGCUCACAAGAAACAAAAUAACCCACAUACAUACCCACGUCAAUGUUAGGGUUGUUUCGCUACUGUAUAAGAUUCACAUUUAUUAUUCUUAUCUAUUCUAUUUAUUAUUCUUAGCUAUGCUUUUGCCAUAAUGUACAACUGUAUCAGAGUUAUUCAGCUUCUGAUUAUUUAAUUUCAAAUUGUAUUUUCUAAGAUUAAUAUGAGUAAUAUUUUCAGCCUGUCUAAAUGAUUUUUAAUGUUACUCAGGAAUGCUUUGUAAGAAUUAAUAUGCUUAUUUAUAUUAUCAUGUAGAUAAGAGUGAAUAUUUAUCAUUAACAUAUAUUCUUAUUUCUCGAUGAGAUCUGAAGGUUGAUCAUUCGGGGGGGGGGGGGGGGGGGGGUUAAAAAAACCUCCAAAUUUAAUGAGUACCACUUAAUUUGUGCAAGUUCAAACACAAGAAAAAUAAAACAAAUCAAGAAAAAUAAGUAAAACAGAGGGAGUGAGGGAAGAUAUUUAUAUAAUUAUAAGCUAAAUACACAUGUAUUGAUAAUUAAAUCAAUAUCCAUUUUUUCUAAAGCAAUGUGUGAUUUAACAAAGUGACAAUUUUACUGUGGAAAACCCAGCCAUUGCAUAUACAUUGUCUUUAGUUGAUCGGGCGUGCCAAAGUUCUUCUGAAGCAUCUAAUUUUAAAGCAUGUUUCUUAGUGAUGCAGUAUAUCUGUGAUAAAAAAUAUAUUUAAACCUGCUCAUUUUGUUACCAGCAUUUUUUGCAGCUCAGUUGAUUUUUGCUUAUAUAACAUAUCUUAUUUGUCAGCUCAUAUUUGUAUUUUGUACUUUUAUUUGUAGUAAAGAAAGAUAUGAAAAUCUUGCUGUUUAUGAUUAAGAAAUAAAUCUAUUUGUUUGUAACUUUAUUAUUGAUUCUCUCGAUGUAAGGUUGUGAUUUGUGAUUCAAUGAAUUACCUCCCUUUGAUUCCCUAAUUUUCUGCCAGCUGUUUUUUAAUAUGUUGUUGUGACCUUUCCUUGUUAUGUUUUGAUAUUGUAUAAUCUUUAAUGUGGAACUCUUACACUUAUAUACAAUAAAUAUGAAAUAUAUUAUAUACUA